GAGUGACCAGUAGCCGGACAACUGUUAGUGCGGCUUGAAAUUCUCUGACCGUUGCGGCUAUUCUCUCCGAUAUGUUCCUAUCCGUCACUAUAAUUUAACUAUUAUUUUCGUGUUGUGUGUUGUUUAUCCUGAGGAAUUCGAAUCGAAGAGAUAAAUACACCGUCUAAAAUUUUCCUCUGAAAUUUCCAAUUCGGGGAAAAUUUUUCAACGGCGUAAUAAGACAGGUAACAAGAUCAAGGUUUUGAGAGCAUGACGAAAAAGCAAACAUUGGUCUUAAAAUUGCGAAGACAUCAGGGUCGACCGUGGGGUUUCCGCAUCGCUGGUGGUACAGAUUUGGGAACUCCGAUCAUCGUCACCCACUCUGAGAACGAGGACUUGCAGAAGGGUGACGUGAUCAAGAAAAUAGAUGAAUAUGAUUCCCGAGACGUGAGGCACGUGGACGCCCAAAAUUUGCUCCAAAAUUCAGAGUCUGUAAAACUAGUCGUUGAAAGGUCUGAGCCAUCGAUUCAUCAUUCACCAUCAAAUCACACCAUCCGAAAUUCGUUGAAUAUCGAGAGAUUUUCGAUAAAUGGCGAGACGUCAUUCAUUAAUCCGCCGAAGGUGUCGCAGCCAAAGUUCCUCCCAAAGAGUCCAGUGCCUCCAUUAAUAUCAAGCCGAGAAUAUAAAGCUUUCUCUCCCGAUCACUUUGAUCCGCCUCGAGAACAUCUGGAGGAAGUUCGCGAGGAAAGAUUCUAUUUAUCUCAGCCGUACCGUACAACUCCUCUGGUCUUGCCUGGUGCCAAGGUCAAGAAGGAUGCCCCCCUGGGGGAGUGUUAUCUCCGUCACCACCCAAAUCCAAUGAUAAGAGCUGCCCCCCAUCACUACGAAGUAGCAAAUCCCGAAGUGGCAAUGAAACAAAAAGUGGCGGAAUCAGUUCUUCAGCGUGUCUUGGGUCCGAAUGAAGUACCAAAGGUUGUGCAUAAGCAAUUCAAUUCACCAAUUGGGCUGUACUCUGAACAAAAUAUCGCAGACACUAUCAAGUGUCAGACCACAGCUAUUCCUGCAAAGAAGCCUGUGAAGUACGAUCCGAGUAAAAGUGAAGCGUAUAAAGCUCUCCAAGAGGAAGAAUACGGUGACGAUUUGCAAGAAGUCAAUCAUCCGGCGCGCACUGGAGUAUUUGCUCCUCAACGAGCUCAUCACCACAGGGUUCAUCAUCCUCCUCCAAAGAGUCCUGCUUCUUCAUACGCCAGUGGAUAUGAUGAUGACGGGGAGAAAAUCCAUCAGAGCAACAGUUUCAAGAGAAUCAUGUACAGCGUUCUUGGGCAAACUGAUUAUUGAAAUACUAAACCAUGCCAUCGAUUUAAUAUCUAAUCUGGAUAAAAUUGCAAUUAACACUUCACGUAUUCGCCGGAAAAUUAAUAAAAAUACUCUGCAUUAUUUUGGUGAAAUAAAGGAAUAUUAUUUUUGAUGAAUA